AUGUUUGUAGCAGAUCCUGAAAACAAGCAAACUGCAUCAUUUAGAAAGGUGUGGAUCAUGACUGCACAGAUUGAUUUUGUGCUGUCCGGCUUUCAAAUCAGUUGGGAUAUCCAGAUGUUCCAUGGGGCUCUUUCCUUCACUGUUCAUUCAAGAGCAGUUGUAGGUUUCAAGGAGUUUCUUCAGACCAUCAAACCUCAUGCAGACUACAGAGAUGGGUUUCUGCAGGAUGUUUGGGAACAAUCAUUUGAUUGUUCAUUCUCAAAAUCAGAAUUACAAGAAAUGUCCAAUAGGCAGUGCCCAGUGGAAAAGAAACUGGAGGAUCUUCCUGGGCUUGUGUUUGAAAUGGAAAUGACUAGCCAAAGCUACAGUGUCUACAAUGCUGUUUAUUCUGUGGCUCAUGCUUUGCAAGCACUACUCAUGUCGGGGUUCAAUAAGAAAAAAACAAUGAUGGGUAAAAAAACUGACCUUCCACAUCUGCAGCCUUGGCAGGUACUUCCAAUUUCUCUGUGUAAUGACCAUUGCUCCCCUGGAUACUGGAAAAAGGAGAUUGAAGGAAAACAAUUCUGUUGCUAUGACUGUGUUCCAUGUCCAGAAGGGAAGAUUUCAAAUCAAAAGGAUAUGGAUGACUGUUUCAAAUGUUCAGAAGAUCAUUGUCCAAAUGAAGAAAAGAAUGGAUGUAUCCUGAAAGUGGUGAUGUUUCUAACUUUUGAAGAAACAUUGGGAAUCGGUUUAGCUUCAGCUGCUCUUUGUUUCUUCUUCUUGACAUCUUGGGCAGUUGGAAUUUUUAUUAAGCACAGGGAUACUCCCAUUGUCAAAGCCAAUAACCGGUCCCUCACCUACACCCUCCUUGUCUCUCUUCUGCUCUGUUUUCUCUCCUCUUUGUUGUUCCUCAGCCAACCUGGCAAAGUGACCUGCCUUCUCCGACAACCAACUUUUGGCAUCACCUUCUCAGUGGCCAUUUCUAGUGUUCUGGCUAAAACUAUCACCGUGGUUGUGGCUUUCAUGGCCACUAAACCUGGUUCUCAGAUGAGGAAGUGGGUGGGGAAAAGAUUGGCUUUUUCUAUUGUCCUCUCAUGUUCUCUGUUACAAGUAUGCAUUUGUAUUUUUUGGUUGACAACAUCUCCCCCAUUCCCUGAGUUGGACAUGCACUCAGAGCUCCAAGAAAUGAUUUUACAGUGCAAUGAGGGAUCAGCUUCAUUCUUCUACUGUGUGUUGGGCUACAUGGGUAUCUUGGCCAUCGCCAGCUUUAUUGUGGCUUUUCUUGCUCGUAAGUUACCUGACAGCUUUAAUGAAGCCAAGUUCAUCACUUUCAGCAUGUUGGCCUUUUGCAGUGUGUGGAUCUCCUUCUUUCCAGCCUAUCUGAGCACAAAAGGCAAAGCUAUGGUAGCUGUGGAGGUCUUUUCCAUCUUGUCCUCCAGUGCUGCAUUACUGGGAUGCAUAUUCCUACCAAAAUGCUAUAUCAUUGUUUUGCGACCUGACCUCAACAACAGGAAGCAACUCACAAAGAGAAAUUAGUAUAUCAUGUGUUCUUUCUGGCUCCCCUAAUUAAAAGAUCAAAGGUGGUUUGUAUGCAAUUUCAGGGAAAGAACCUGAUAUUUGGUGCCUUUGCAAUUUAUACUCUUUCUUUCAUUGAGGUUUCUCUAUAAUUUCUAGAUUUAAAGGGAUUCUAGCCUGGUCUAGUGGUUAAGGAACUGCAAUAGAAAGCAAGGGACCAUGAGUUCAAGCCCUGCCUUGGCCCUGAAAGCCAGCUGGAUAACUUUGGACCAAACACUGUUUUUCAGUAUACCUCAAAGGGUUGUUGCUAUGUGGAAAAAAUAAGGGGGAUGGUAUAUUGGAUAUGUUUGCUGCUUUUGGUUGUUUGUAAAAAUAAUAAAGUGAUAUAUAUUGUAAAAAAAUAA